ACAUCAUUAUUAGAGAAGGAUAGGAAUAAUGAUGUGCUGUGGACCUGGUCAUAUCCAUCAAUAUCACCAGAGCAAAGAGAGUUUCUUGUUUCAAAAUCCAAUCUUGGUAGUGACAGUUCUUUGCCCGUCAAUUUUGUAUAUGGACAAUGGAAGCAGAAAUGGUAUUACAUUCAACUCAUGGAUGUAACCACAGAUGAUACAUCAUUGCCACAGGUAGCUCAUUCUGAUUAUUAUUUAUGAAUUUAUAAUUUUUAAAAAUUAAAAUGAAAGUUACAAAUUUAGAUUUGCUAGAACUAGUAAUCAACAUCGCAAAAAGUUUUCUUGCAUUUUGGUGCAACUCUGCUUAAAAAUUUUGUAUACCUGGAUUUUACCCAUCUCUUAUAUAUUUUGCUUCUGAUUAUGUAUAUUGCAGGUUGUUCAGUUUACUGUAGUGCUUCUAUGUAGAGAUUUUAACCCUGAGAAAUACUCAGCACUAUGUCAAAUAUUUGGGCGGCAAUAUAAAAAGACGGGAAGUGCAGCAACUAUGCUAGAGGGCUAUUUAUCAGUAAUUACUAAAGGCACAUGCAACAGUGAUGAAAAUGGAAAAUUCUCAGUCAAUGAUUUCAGCAAGCAACAGGCUUAUGGAAAGUGUUGUAUUAAAGGUAUGUACAUCAUAGGGUCCUCUGAUUGCCUCAUUAUACAUACUUUUUUGCUGCAAAUAAAGUUGCCUGUUUUUUAAGAUAUUCUGACUAUCUACGCCCAGAAGGAAAUAUGUCUGUAGCAUCACACAAGAAACAUGUGAGAAGAGGUGCACAAUCUAUAAUAAUAAUUCCAGGUGGCGCUCCUUAUAUCCACCAAUUUUAAUUUAUAUUUUUUCUUUUGUGUGCAUUUAGUGCAUACGCACGGGGAAGAAGCUAAUGAGAUCUCAUCAUUGUGCUCAAUGAAAGCGGGCAGACAAGAUAGAUAUUGAUUGAUUAAUAGAUAGAUUGAUUGAUAUUGUUAUAGUGGACUAGACAGUCCUGAUAGCCAACUAGUUAAAGAGCGCGCAUGGGCAGAGAGACUGUAGUCGGAGUUUGUGUGAAUGAACAGUGUGUUCCGGAAGCAAUCAGAAAGUCAACAUUAUUGAGAACUUGUAUUUAUGUAUAUUUAUGAUAAUGUUUAUCGUUGGAAAUAAAAACAUAGAAAACAUAACAGAUAUAUAGAUUGGUUGAUAGAUAUAGAUAGUUUUUAUUAAUGAAAAAAAAAAUGUCCAAAAAACCUAUCUGGCUCUAAUGUAUAGAAAUGUUAUUUUAUGAGGUUAUGUCCAAGAUAAUAUAUGAGAUGUGACGAGCUGUUUUUCCCAAGUUCCUUUCUUUUUAUAUUAACUAUAGUCAACUUGGUCUAUUUCACUAAAACAUUUUUUGUGUAAAUUAAAUUGUUCAAGGAAUAUGUUUUUUCCCAUUCUUUAUUUUUCUAGAUUUAAUUCAAACAUUUGGGCUAGAAACCAUCCUAAUCUACACAGCAGUGCUGCUUAAGAAAAGGAUUGCUGUGUAUUUCCCACCACACUCACUAGGGAAUCUACUUGAAUAUACAAGGUAAUUAGCUACACUAUUUACUUGAUUUUGUCUUAAAAUAACAGGUGGAGGGUUGUUUGCUUAUUUUCAGAGGUAAAACUUUAAGAUUCCCAUGACAUCUGUAUGUUAAUUAAUUUAUACCAUCAGCACUAAAUCAAAACAACUGACUUUUAAAGCUAUAAAACAUGCACAGAAGCGUAAAGCUUAUGGAUAUAAAAUGUCUGACCUGGCAACCCUUUGCGUGUGUGUUGAGAAGUCAAGUUUAAAAAAAUUUUAUGCUACACAUAAAAUGUUCAAUUUAAAGCAGUUAGUUAAUGAAUUUUAUGAAGCCAAUGAUAAUAAAAUACUUUCAAUUGGGGUGUCUUUAAAAUCAAUUGACAAAUGAUUCCUCGUGGCUAAGUUGUGACUACUCAGUUUUAUAUUUAUGAUUCACAUUAGCCAGGGCCUUAAAAUUACUAUUUGUGUUAAACACAGAGCCAUUCCAGCAUUUGCCUGGCACAGGCAGAACUGGAAUAUUGUUCAUCCAAAUGUACAGCUUACAGAAGGAGAAACAGAACACCUCAAGUCCAAUUCACAUUAUGUAGCAGGUUUUACUGAAGCUGCUGUGGAAGGCAGGUAUGUUGAACAUCUUAUGUAAUAUAGAUGUUUUAAAAUAAAGCAGUUAGUUCUAUGGAUCAGCAAAUCUAAAUGUGACACCAGUAAAGAGAAAUAAAUAGAAUUUUCCAUUUUAUUUUUCAUUUAUUUCUCAUGUUAUAUGUAACAUUAAACAUAUAAAAUAGUUAUAAAAUAGUUAAGAAUAGAAAAGUCUUUUAAGAAACUUUUGAAAUUUUGAAACUUUAUACUGUACACAUUCUAAAUACACAUUUAUUUAUUUUUAAAUGUUCUUCACAAAUUUGAGAUCUAGUACUGUGGGCUUUAAGAUUUUGGAAAAAAACACACACCCAAAAACCCUCUUUUUAAACACUAUAUUGUUAUUUCCAAAGCUAACAUUAUUUAGUGAAUAUUUCUCUAAGCAUAAGCAAUCUAUUCUGUUUUUUUUUACUCAAAACUUUUCAGGACAGACCUCUAUGAUAUCUUUGUCAAUGCUCCUAAUAGUCAAAUUUUUAUAGCUGCACAUGCCAAAGGUAAGUUUAUGCCAAAGUAAAAGCUUUUUGCCUAAGAGGUCACAUUUCCAUUUAAAUAAAUUUUAAGAGAUAAGAUUUGAAUAGCUUUUCCAUUGAAUAAAACAGUUCACAUAUAAAAAAUUGCAAAAUGUAAACCCUAUACAUAAAACUCAAUAUUUGAUGGUCUGAGUUUAAAAAAAAUUGACAUUAAAAAAACUACCAUUCAAUUAUUUGUACAGAAAAGAUUGUUCCAUAUUAAUUGAUAGAAGAGUCAGUAAAUGAAUCCAUUUAUUUUUAAUCAAUGGAAUCCAUGAUAUUUUUCAUCAGAGUCCCUUGCAAUGGGUAAAUUGCACAAAGAAAUAGCAUUAUUGAUGGUAGAAAAAGCUGAAUCAGAAACAUCAGACCUUGACAUUAUCAAGGUAAGGUUGAUAAGUUAUACACAAACACAUGAUUUAUAUAUAGAGUGAUACAAAAAUAUAUCCAGUUUAUUCUGUUUAAAUAGGCCACAACUUAUACAGGGCAGAGGUUUAUAUACACCAGGUAAAAAAAAAUUAUUAUAAAUGAAAUGAGCAGAAAAGACUUUGUUUGAUUGUGACAGAACAAGACUUAAUCUGAAAUGUUGGAUUGUGACAGAACGAGACUUAAACUGAAAUGUUGGAUUGUGACAGAACAAGACUUAAAAACUGAAAAUAUUGUAUCUAAGCUGUAUAUUCACUUCUUAAAAGCACAUUUAAAUCAUUGGAGCAGCAAAUUAUUUGGAACAAAAAUGUCUUGUCCUGUUUACAAUUAAAUUGAAUUCACUUUGUUUAUGUACUUAAAAUAAUUGAACUAACAUUCUUUUUAUUCAAAUACAUUGCAAUUUUAAAGAAAAAUCCCUGCCCCAUUUACCUGGGUGAAGCAGACGUAAGCAGAAGUCCAUACACACCCCAUUUAUUUUUACUUAGUAGCAGAUCGAAAAGAAAUUGUUACAUAAACUGCUUAAGAGGAGAUCAUAUUUUUUUUACCAUUGGCUUUUAUUUUUUUCAGGCAAUAGAAACUAAGACCAAAGAUUUAUUGAACAACCUGAAGUCACUGGCCACAAAAGGUGCUGAUGGUAAACUUUCCUUCACCUUGGAAACGCUGAAAGAAAGAAAGUUGCCCCCGGCUACUGAGAAUUUCCUGUUCAGCUUAGCAGCCUCAGAGGGUCUUGUCCAGCUAUAAAUCUUGUUUAAGUAAAUGUAACUGUUCCUGACCAUGAGUGAGUAGAGCUCAUGAUAAACACCAAAAGUAAAGCUUUAUCUAUGCCAUGAUGAUUAUCAAAGUGAAUAACUACAUUAUGUCAUCAGUAUUGAAUAUUAAUGGAUUACAAAAAUAUAAUUACUCAAAAAUGACAUUUAAUUUUUAUAAAACUUGGCUACAAAAUAUAAAUAAGGAAAGAGCGAAAUAAAGUAUGGGAAAACCUGAAUAAAAAGGAUUCAACAAACUAACAUUGUUUUGCUCAUUUCCUUUUUUCUAACCUGAUUGCAGUCUCUCCCCCUUAUUACAAAAAUACAUUGCCCCUCACAAAAUAGUGAGUUAUAUUUAAAAAGAUAAAUUCUUCUUAUCUGAAUUUAUUAUUAAUUUUAAAUAUCUGGGUUUUCUUUACAUUUGUUGAAUUUCAAGCAUCAUACUUGACAUUGUAUCAUAACUUCUACUUCAUCUAUUUUUCCUUUCUAGAAAAUAAACUUAGUCACAACGUAGGCAUGUUGGUGUUAUUUUCAAAAUGUGUGACUGAACUGACCUAACUAUUUUUAUUAGCUAUAGUUUUCAGUUCUACAAAAUGAACAAUGCUCUUAUCAUAUUGAAUCCAUGUUCUCAUCCUAUUUGAUUAUAAACAAAUGCCUUUUUGAAGUAUAUUGUAAUGAAAACAUGCAAGCUUAUUAUCAUCAUAAAGUCCAAUGGUUAAAAACUAUGUUUCUUUUAAUUAAUUUUGUAAAUAAUUUGAUAAUUUCAGAUUUUUUGUCAAUACUGGUUUAUGAUCAUUAUUUGAUACAGGGAGUUAAUUCAGCACAUGAUGUUUUUCGUUUUGAAAUCAAAAAUAUAAAUUAAUUCUUUUUAAUUUCAUUACAACUGGUUUUCUUAAGUUUUUGGAUUUUGUGUGUGACUAGUGUGACUUUAGAAUUAGGAGUCUUGUGAACUG